CUGACAUCGUAUCGUGAACCCCAAGACACACUUUCUCUCUCUCAUCCAGCUCACACUUAUUGUUCCUCCAAGGAUCUACCGUCGCCGUGAUCUUCGCGAACCAUCACAUCGCUCACGCUGAUCGCAAGGACACUGCCGACGAUCAAAGAGGGAGGGGAGGCGACCAUAUUUUGUUUUUGGGCGGACGCCCUUUCCAAGCUUAAACGCCCGAUUUCCCCUUUCACAAUAGCAGGACGUCCCUCUUGCAGUCCUGUGCAAAGUCAUUCAUUCGACGUUCCCCGUGAACGCCUAUUGCAGGACUCAUCCGUGCUUUGCUCCUGCUCUGUCGAACUCUAGCGUACUUGGAAAUCCAUUGUAGUCCCAGACACGAACCUGGCAUCAAAAGCACGACCUUGGUUGGACCCCUUACGCUUCAAUUCAUGGUCCUUCCCUGGCCACUCGUCGAAUCUAGGGUGGGUUCGACAUGGGCGAAUAUCGAGCUCGUGGAAAUCAUCACCAUCUUGGGGCCAGCUCGAGCAACAACAAACACGCUGAGCUGAUCAAUGCGUACCAAGAAUUGGGCAGGGAGCUUGGCAGUGAAAAGCUGACCAUUGUUGGAGGGUAUACUCUGGGUCGAGUUAUUGGAGAAGGGACCUAUGGAUCUGUUCACCUGGCCAUUCAUCGCCUCACCGGUACUCGAUGUGCCAUCAAAAAGAUUCCCAAAUCACAGACACCAAGCCUGACCAGAGAGAUUCAUCAUCAUCGACGUCUACACCAUCCAUCCAUCGUGCAGCUGUAUGAAAUCAUUGCCACGGAAUCACACAUAUGGCUUGUCUUCGAGCUAUGCUCCGGUGGAGAGCUUUUCGACUAUCUGGUGGAGAAGAAAAGGUUUCAAGAAGGCGAGGCCCGUAGGCUGUUCGGGGAGCUCGUCGUUGCAGUGGGCUACUUGCACCGUCAAGGAGUUGUCCAUCGAGAUCUCAAGUUGGAAAACGUCCUGUUGGAUGGUCAUCUCCGAGUCAAGUUGGGUGAUUUGGGAUUCGCCAGGGAGUUUAGGAGGGGUCAACUAAUGGAUACUUUCUGCGGCACAAUGGGAUAUGCGAGCCCUGAAAUGCUUGCUGGGCGCAAAUACCUUGGAGUCGAAACGGACAUCUGGUCUCUUGGCAUAAUCCUGUAUACACUGCUUUGUGGCGGUAUGCCGUUUGAUGAAGACGAUGAGCCUGCCAUGCGGGCUCAGAUCACGAAGGGCGAAUAUGAGGAGCCGGAUUGGAUCAGCGAGGAAUCCAAGCAGUUGAUUCGAAGCUUGCUCAAAACAGAUCCCUCUGAGCGACUGACCAUCGAAGGGAUCCUCUCUCAUCCAUGGUUCAAAAUGACCAUCCGCGAUCAUCCAGAUACGGCCGACACACCUAUGGACCCCGCUCCCAUACCAGUCUCGCCCCUCGGCCUCCCGAUCGUAAGCUCUUCCGCCAAGCCCAGUCCAUUCGUUCCUCCACAUGUGGCUUCCAGGCCAGCUCUGUCACCAUCUCCCUUGGGCUCAUCCCAAACCGUCAAUCCACCAGGACCCUCGUCAGAUUGCUCCGACAAUAGUCAAGAUUUCACGGACAGUGAGCAGGGUCAGCCCCCAAGCGACAGCACCGCACCAACGACUAUCGACGACGAUGAUCUCGCCAAGUCGUUGCCUCGGAACCACAGCAUUGAAUUCAGUCCGACUGAGCAUUUGCUAGAGCUCCUGCAUCCCAAUGCUAGCCAAUCGACCUUGCGCCGCUCGGGAAGCGAUGGUACCGUGUCGGCAUCGACCCUCAAGAGUAAGGUGGCUAUGCGCACAGCCCUGGAGGGUCAGCCAGAGGAAGACGAAGAUUCGCUCACCGAGGACCAUCUUGGUACAUUGGCACCUUCAAGUCCAUACCUGACCGCUCUCACGCAUUCGCGGACCCCGUCACGCACCAAGCGCCGUUCUGUUUCCUCGUCCUUAACGAUGGAGAGGCGAGCAUCCUAUAUCAGUAAUUCAGGCGAUUUCGAUAUCCAGCCGUUAAUCGACUACGCCUCCCAGCUAAAAAGAGAGCGGUCAGCAGUAUUCUCCACGGCCCCUGAAAAGGCCUUGCUCGAGUCGUUCAGAUUGAUCGGUUUGGACGCAGAGCAGAUGCAACACUCUGUCAAAAACAAUGCCUGUGAUGCGUCGGCUGCCAUGUGGUGGAUCGUCCGCACGAAGACAAGUGACUCGUUCAUUGACGUAUCUCGACAAACAGAUUCCAAGGCAGAGAACAGGAGACGAGCCUCUCCAGACCGAUCAGGAGGCGAACACUCGGAUGCUCAGGAAGUGCGUAGCUUGUCUGAUCAGGAGAAGCACGCUCGGCAAAAUGCUCCCAAAAAUGUUACCGAUCAGGAAAAGCAUGCCCGAGGCGACGAGACGACCAAAAACCGCUCGCCAGAUCGAAGCGGGAAGACCUCGCCGCCCAUCGAUGCCUCUCAGACCAGCCCCACGAAAACGCCGACGUCAACGCCCAGCUCGCCCUUCCGCAAGGCGCGAUCGCCGUCCCUAAGCAUGCUGCAACGCGCAACCUCGGCAUUCACAGGCAAGAGGAAUGAGGAUAAGGACGAAUCAGAAGACGGGACGCCAAAGGCUGACACGUGGAACGGUUCCCCUUCUAAGCUCCAGAAGGCUCCACCAAGAGUCAAGCGGCCAGAGAUCGAUUCCGCCGCUACACCACUUGUCCCUCUAAAUUCACCGAUAAACGGGAUUGGCCAGUCUAGUUCUGCCUCCUUCAAAACAGGGUCGCUGAGACAGGAGAGAGUCAAGCGCGACAGUCUUUGGGCAGCCUUCCGUUACUUUUUCAACGAAGACAAGCGUCGUCGAAGGGAUGUCACCGGUGGACAUGCUAAGAUCGGUUCAGAAACAAGUGCCUCCGCGACCGUGGUCCUUUCUCGCGGGCCUGUAGCUAGGCAUCACGCCGGACCUGUUCGUACUCCCCAGCCGUUGCCAGCGCACAAGCGAACUUCUAUCGAUGGGCGACCACCGCUUUAUUCUCGACGUUCGAGCAGUGUCAAUUCACGUCGAUCCAGCAUCACUUCCACCAUGGUUCCCCCGGAUCACCGCGAAGUAAUAAAUACGCUCGCUCGGCGGGUAUCGCAUCAGAGCCACGGAUCGCAGACUCCAACAUCGGAGCACGAGAUUGAAUUUCCCACAAGGGUAGACUCCGCGACCUCGCUGGUGCUCCGUCAUCAAUCUUCAUCCAUACGCUCGCCCUCAAUGCAAUCUGAGACUUCGGGUCGCUUUUUGGGCUCUGCGCCUGCCUCGCCGCUGCAUGACUACCACCGCCGCGCACCGGCAGGGUCAUCUUCGACCCGUGUUCGCCACUUCAGAGUAAUACCCGAGGCCACCAUUCAGCGAACCUCCUCGGUGGCAAGCAGCGUCAGAUCGACCGCUUCAUCCCGAACAUCUUCCAUUGAUAAAGGCUGGCAAGGGUCAGGCGGAGACGAAACGUCAGUCAGCUCCAAGCGCGCGAAGGAUCGGAAGAGAGCUUCUCCCAAGCCACGAACCAGAGUCAUGAGAACGACGAAUUCCAAGCCUCCUCUGAGAGACGUCUUUGAAGACAAGGACGAGGAAUGGGUUGACGAGGACGAGUAUGGUAAUGAGCGCAGAGCCUUCGCAGGUGGCGUUGGUCAGGGCGGGCACACCGUGGUGAAAAAUUCGGAUGUCAGAGCAGCAACUCAUCCUGGAAACUGGAGCGCUGGUCAUCAUCGUCGGAAACAUCACAAACACGGCCAACCGAGGUCUAGGCGAGGCAGCACUGACGAGGCGACCGUUUCUCAAGAGCAGACGACGACUAAGGCACGCAAUUUUGCAGAGACUAAUGUGGCUUACCGAAGAGUUGGACUUCCCGUUGCCAGCUCUAGACAACCAGUUGUAAUGGAAGAAGACGAAGGAGAAGAGUAGUCUGUAGCUACUAGGUGAUAAGAGCCACUAGUGAUCUUGCCCGCACAUUGACUAUGCAUAUCUUGGAGA